AAUUUAGCAGACGAGAGAAGCGAACAGAGCAACAAAAACAUGCCUUCAGAUUCACCGUUCUUUCUGAUCCUCCUCUUCUUCUUCUCCACAGCCUUCGCUCUGCUCUCAGUUGGCUACGCCACAAUCGAAGAUGGUGAAGAUGGAAGGAUUGGAAGUAGAACGCUUCUGGGUCUGAAAGAGAGCCCUCAUGGAACUAACGCGACCUAUGAAUGCUCUCCCAAUGGUCCCUGCGUUGCUUGCCAAUACUCUGAAAAGAACAAUGAUGAGUAUCGCUGCAGUGAGACUGGCUAUCGCAUCCCUUUGAAAUGUGUGGAAAUUAAGCAAGGAUUAAAGGAUGCAAAAGCAAAGAAAGACCCUAAAAAGAUUAGAUCAACUCUGGAAGUUUCCAACAUGUCAGAAUUGCAUAAUGCGGAAGAGCUCGGUAUACUUUUAAAGCGUAGAAGUUUAUUGGAUGAUUCUUCUACACAAGAGAAUGAGCAACAGGGUUAUAUUACUUACAGAAGCUGUAUACCAGCAGUUAAUGAAGAAAAGUUGUCAGUGCUUGGUUUCGAGGUGAUUGUGCUGUGUUUGCUAGUCAUAAGUGGUUCUAUUGUAUACUUCAAGAAAAGGCAGACAACUACAAUGGCAGGAUUUUCCCGAAUUCAGAGCAAUGCAAGGUUUUAAAUGCAAUGCAUUUGCUGAAUCAGUAAUCCCUUCACACUUGCUGCCUCCAAUUUCUCUCUGUAUACUCCAUGUAUUGAAACAAUUCAUAGAAACCAGUUCUCUCGUGUAAUAUUUUUGAUAACGUGAAAUAUUCUCUGUUUGGGGAUGAAAUCGCAGAAAAAACACUUUAAUUUACUCAAGGGUCCUGUCCUUGCCAGGAAUUGCAUUAUGCAUUUCCAAUGUGCAUCCGAUGUAUACAGUACAUUUUAUUUGCAUUAAUGGGAGUAAAUGGAACAAUUUAGUUGUGC